UAUUGUUGACUCGUGCGAUUGUUUAAUGCGAGUGCUUUUUCUAGUUUUGCUUCGUUUGCAGAGAUUGUUUAAAGUGAUAAUGGAGAAUUUCAGAGAGUUGAAGAAGUUGCGCAUCUCGGACAAUGCAGAGUCCGAGGAUGACGCCUGGUCUUGGCCAGUCGUCAUAAGGGUGCUUCCGAAAGAUGCGGAGGAGAAGUGUCAUACACCGGACGUCAAACGGGUGGUGGUCGUAACUCCGGACGACACCGCCUCGUCUCUCGUCCAAUAUCUGGAGGGGCGAUAUCCGGAUGUUCCGGAAUGGACGGUGGACACACCUUCGGGUGAGACCGGAGUGGAGAGAAAGGAGUCCGAAGUGUCCGUCGAGCGUAGAAGGCCUUGGUGGAAAAGGUUGUUUUGCUGCUGGAAGAUAUAAACCUCUUCUCUGGCCAGGCCUUCUUGCGCAGAUUUCGACUUUCCACCGAAUGCAACAUCGCCACUCGGAAGUGACCUUACACCCGAAUAUGACACUCACCGGGAAUUGACCUUUCACCCGGCUACGACUUAAUCUACUGGACUUGACUUUC